CGCCGCUAUUUCUCAUUGGGGAUUACAGUGCACGAUGCUUCUUUUAUAUUCCCUGCCACCCCACCAGCACAUCGCUGCCUCAUUCUCUUCCUCUCUUUCCCACCCAUCCAUCCAUUCCCCCUCUCUCUCUCUCUCUCUCUCGCUGUUUCUGGUUGUUCCUAGAAGAAGCGAAAACCUGAAGAUACAUAGAUAUGGGCCCUUGUCUGUCUUCAGCAGCACCGAAGGCAAGGAGGACGAGUGAAUCGGAAGGUUCGAAUCCGAAGGCGAUUGUGAUAUCGGAGAAUGGAGAUCUGGUUCGAUUUGGACUUCCGAUGACCGUCUCUCAGGUCUUGCUUGCGCUUCACUCCCAAGCUGCCAAGCCUGGUGCCAAGUUCUUCUUGUGCAAUUCGGAUUGUUUGUACUACGACGAGUUUAUACCGGCCCUGGACGGGGAUCUCCAGCUCCAGCCGAAUCAGAUCUACUUCGUCCUUCCCGCUUCCAAGCUUCGUUAUCGCCUCUCCGCCUCCGACAUGGCUGCUUUGGCCGUCAAGGCCUCCGUCGCCCUCCAAAAUCCCUCUUCUCCGGCCAGUAACAGUAAGUCCAAGGCACGACGCUCCUCCGUCUUUCACUAUCCUCAUCGUCUUCUCCAUCGCCACAAGAAAGUCGCUCAAAUUUCCCCACUCUUAGAAGAAGUCAACAUUACCAGCAGCAGCAGCAGUACAUUUACUUCUUCCUCCGGUACUCUGUCUGAAUCGAGUACGAUUUCAACAUACCUUGGGGUAUCGAGGUCGAUUGCUCCUACGAGGAAGAAGUACUUGCGGAGAACGAGCUCUAUAAGACGAGCAAAGAUGGCUGUUCGCUCCUUCAGGCUCAGCUUGACCACCAUACACGAAGGCUCCGUCCUCCAGGUUUAUUGAUUCGUUUUCCAUCAAUUGUGAUACAAGCGAAAGGAAAAUACUCUGUUAGAGUGAGGCGGCGAGGCUAACCAAGCCAGUCGCCCCCAAAUAAUCUGUGUAAAGGUGUCCCCGUACAUGCAAUCGAAUCGAGCCCGCAACGAAGAGUGCCGAUGAGCCUAUUGUCUGCGGAGAUCCGGAAGAGGCCGGCGAAAACGGAAAGAGACGUGUAUUGUGUAUGUGAAAUAUUUAGUUUUUUCUAGAAUAAUACGUCUCUGGAGUCAGUUGUAUUGUGACGAGGGAUUCAUUCAUAGAUUCCAAAAAUUAUUUUA